AGUUGUGUUAUUGAUCCAAAUAUAUUUCUGCCACCUUCAUUUUUUGUAUUCAAAGGUAAUUCAUAUCUGCAUACCGCUACUGUUAAACGCCAAAGUUUGCGGUAAGCGCCGCAGUCAAAUAAGAGAAACACUAGCACUAGGGUGCAGACCUAAAGACGUAACCCAUGACGUCUUCCCGACCCGGGCUCCGGGAGGGACUAAUAUUUCUCGUUCUCCAUGCCCUCUGUAUCUCUUCCACUUUAGCAGCAAAUGACAGCAAUGUUAAUGUGUUCCAAUAUUGUCAGCCAUGGAUAUGUUCAUGUUACAUGGAUGGUACCUACUAUGAUCCAGGUGAAACAUGGAGCAAGAAAGGAGAUAGCUGUGUAACAUACAAAUGUCAAGAAAAUGGCUACUACCAAUUCGAUAGUAUCGGAGUCAUGUUUAACGGAGAGUGUAAAAUGGUCAAUGAAACUUGGGAAAUUGGUUGUUUUCAGUAUACAGUUGUCUUGGAAGGAAACACAGCUAAAUAUAGAUUAGUUCAAGGAGGUUGUAUGAGUAACAUGGGAGCACAAUGUUAUUUGGUUGGUGAAAGAGUUGAAGAGAACUGUAAUACAUAUGAAUGUCAAAUAGUUGGUACCUGUUAUGAACUUGUAAAAGUUGUUGUUGGGUGUAAUGCUGGUUUAACCCAAGGCUGUCAACAACUACAUUCGGUAUGGAACGAUGCUUGCAAUGUCUUCCAAUGUUUGCCAGACGUAACCACAGAAACUAAAAUACAAAUACAUCUACCUGAGGUGAUGUUGUGGCCAAGAGGUAACUGGGGUCUACUCAAACCUCAAACUGGUUGUCCUAGUAAUGUGGAGGAGAUCUGGGACGAAGGCGAAAGAGUCCAUUAUAGUGAAGGUGGCAAUUUUUAUAAUGAUGUUAAUGACUUCGAAAUGGAUGGAAACCAUACUGAAUUUGUCAUGGAACAUCGAUUUUGUACUCAUGAAGAUUAUCUCAGAGAAGGUUUUAUGCCUAUAUACCAUACCUACUGGGAAAAGGGCAGAUACUGUAUCCUUAGAUUCAACGAUUCUUGCCCCAAAAAUUUCUCUGAAGGAUAUGUUAAAAUGAUCGACUUUGAAGGUAAUAUAACAAUUGACGGAGAAGAAAUGUAUGUUAAUGGUAGUGUGAACGGUACCUUACCUGACGGUGAAUUCUUGGAGACCUCUACGCUAUUGCACUUCUGUUGUCGUUAUGAUGGUGACCUGGAAACUGAACUCAUUUUGCCUGCUGACAGACCAUUUGUGCUAUUUAUGGCGGAGAAUGAGACGGAAUGUCAGAAAGUUAGAGCUAUGCGGUAUGAGAAAGAGUUUUUCAGUUUUGCGGAUGCCGAUGAAGGUUUUGAACGAGAGUUAAACGGAAGUCUACCUAGAAUAUCAACCGCUGACAAUAACACAAUGAUUAACCUGUGUCAUUAUAAACCUCUUGAUUGCGGUUGCGUAUAUGAAACUGGUGAAUAUGUAGCUCUCGGUUCAACAUUUACCACUAAAGAUGGAUGUGUAUCAUAUAAAUGUAUGUUCCAAGAAAUUGUCAAUAUGAAUAUACUGGUAUUAGAAACUGGAGCUUGUGCCUACAGUGGAGGUUGUUUGGCAACAAAUACUUCUGUUGGAAUUACCCAAGGAGAACAAUGCAUUGACAGAUAUUGCAGACAAAAAUACAAUGACGCUAAAGAAAUGUUCAGAAAUUAUUGGGAAUUAGAGGACGUGCCUUCCGGUUGUAAAGAUACCGCAGGUAAUUGUCGACCAAUAUCUACGGAAGUUAAUAUAGGAUGUUACACCGUUACCUGUAAGGAAGAUCUUGUAGACAACACACUCAAGUUCCUUGUUACAGCAGGAGGAUGUACGUAUCCUAACGCUACUGGUGGUUGUGUACCCGAAGGUGAUAAUGUUACAGAUGCAGCAUGUCUUACAUUACAAUGUCAACGACAUGCUUCAAUGCUGAAGAAUGAGAUGGCUGUUCUAUCCGGAGGCUGUUCGUACGGUACGCAAUGCUAUGCCAAGAAUGAUGUAUGGAGAGAUGAUUGUGUUGAUUACGUCUGUCGUGAGUUUAACAACGGAAGUGUAAUCAAGUAUUAUCACGAGACAACCAAACAAGCAUGCGCCGAUGUGAAUGGAACUUGUCAUGAUGUGGGUACUAUUGUGAAAAACCAGUGCUGGGACUACCAGUGUUUUAUUAACCAAUGGACUGGACAGCGACGACUAUCGCUUGUUGGCGGAGGUUGCAUGCAUCAAGGACACUGUAGAACCAAGGAUCAGAUUUGGAAUUCAGGAUGUUCGAACUUCACGUGUGAUGUUUUCAGUAAUUCAACUAUGUUUAGAUGGAGUGUUGAGUAUUUGAAUGCAGGAUGUGACGUAGGUAAUGGAACGUGUAUAGAUGUUGGUGCCAAUGUAUCAAUUGGUUGCGCUAUAUAUCAAUGUAGAAAAGGAGAAGAGGAAUGUGGAUUAAUAGCAAUCGAUGGCCAAUGUCGAACCUUUGAUGGAAGCUGCGUAGCUCAGAACGCAAACUGGACGAGUGGUUGUACAACUUAUACAUGUAAUGUGUAUGGUGAUUCCAUCAAGCUAGAAUCUGUCAAGGGUGAUUGUCAAACCGUAAACGAUACUAUCUGUGUACCACACAAUAUGAAUCAUGUAUUUAACGCAACUUAUAUUAAAGGACCGGCACUCUACUUGGGUUAUUUCUGUGUCUGUGGUGAUAAUGGAGUUGUACAAAACUGUACGGAAUCAACCUUUCUGAACUUGAAUUGAGUAUUCACCCAAACCGCAGGCACCUGAAGGGAUUAAAAUUUCUUACAUUAUCUUGUCUAGAAUACUCCAGUUGAAUACUAGUCAAUAUUAUGUGAGACGUUUUAUUUUAAUCUUUUCAAGUGACUGUGACCCGUAUGACUUUAUUGUUAAUGUGUAUGGGUGUUUAAAAUUUGUGAAUUCAUUCAAUUAAUAAAAGGCAUUUGUAAAUUCAACUUUAUGUAAUACACUGUUAAAAAUAUUUUGGUUAUUUUACCCUAAAAUUACGGGCAGCAAAAGUUGCCCCUAAAUCAUAGGUAAAAUUACACCAUUAGUUAUUUAACAAUUUACUGUCGAAGGACAUAUCUGUUAAUUUACAUCUCUUGUAAAAAUACAUCACAAUGUUAAUUUACAUUUCUUGUAAAAAUACAUCACACUGUUAAUUUACACUUUUGUUAAAAAUACUAAUAUUGGUAAUUUUACAUGCAAGAUUCGAGCAAUAGCCCCGGGUAAAAUAUUUCGUAUUAAUAUCACUUCAAUAUAUAUUGAAUAUCGAUAAUCCUGUUUGGUGAACGAGAGCAUGGUUCCAGGCUUUCAGAUGUAAGCUCGCGGUACUAUCUAUUUGCAGGCAUUAUAACCCUGCUUUACAGACAGUCCGGCUCAACUAACACUGGCCAAUCGGUUUAAUUUACCGUCUUCAAGUGAACUUGAAAACGAGAUAAUACAACCUACGGCCAGAAAGUCAAAACAUUUUUUUUUAUGCAAUUAAGAAAAUACUUACAAACUGAUUAACGUACGCUAAAUAUCAAUACACUUUAUAGAUCUUAUAAAUAAUGGAAACUAGAUAUACAUGACAUGCAAUAUACUAAAUUUACAAGAUGUGAUUGUCCAUAUUAUGGUUAAUAAAUUGAAAUGAAUACCAUAAGAAGAUAAUUAUUAGGAAUGUUUCGUUUCUAUGGAAUACUAAAAUACAAUAAGAGAUAGUAAAUUUACCGAAUAAGUAAAUUUACCGAAUAAGUAAAUUUACAAAAUAACGUGAAUAAACGUAAGUCUGUAAAAUGACAUGCUGGCUAUGUUAUUUUCCGUUCAAUAUUUUAAGGUAAAAACAAAUUCUUUAACUGCUGUAAUUUUACUUAUAUUUCUUACCUAAAAGUAAAUUACAUAAUAAUGUGAACAAACGUAAAAUCUGUAAAGUAACACGCUUGCUGAAUAUGUCUUUGAUUCCAUCGCCACUUAUUGCCAAAAAGACAUGAAACUCGAUAAACAUACUUGAAACUCGGUAAAAAUACAUUAGACUUGGUAAAAGUAGUAUAUGUUGUAAAAUAUACCGAUAAUUGAGGUACAAAAAAACCUUGUACUACUGUAAUUUUACAUUCAUUUCUGACAGUUUACCUGGUGGUUGUAACAUCAUUUGCUAUUUGGUUGUGGACUUCAACGGUCACUGUUAAUUGGUUGUGUGUUGAGAAAUGUUAACAAAAAUAUUUCAAGGUUUGCUUUCAUUACUAUUGAAUAAAACAUUUCUGUGAUUUCAACAUUUUACGACAACCAAUUUGGGCUACGGUACAUCUUCCUAUAGUUUGAAUACACUGAACAUUACUGUAUUUUGACGUUACGUAUGUAAAAAUAAAUUAUUUCACGGUAAAAUCACCUGUAUAUUGUUUUUUUUACGACUAUUUGUACUAUCACUCCUGUUUGGUGUAAUAAAACAUACAUACGUAAAAUAACAUACAACUACGUAAAUAUUUUACCACAUUCUUACGGUAAAUUAACAUUUAUUUCUAACAGUGUAGUUAUGCUAAUUACUGAUAAAUUUUAUAGACUAAUGGAUUUUGGACUAAAGUUAUAUGCAAGGUAUCUUAUAAUGUUUUAGUUUUUUUCUGUUAUAUAUCUUCAAAGGGCGUAUAGCUCUAUUCUUUGGAAACUUAAGGUAGACAAAAAUAGUUCUAAAAGCACAUAUUAAUGUAAUAUGAUUGUCCAUAAAGUGCUUUAUGUUCAGUUGUUUAAAUAUGUUAUUGUAAUUUCUUAUCAAUGAUGUUCGGUGAAAUACGUGAGAAGCCCAAAUUGAACGGCAAUCGUUUGCUUGUUCUAUUAUACAAUUAUUAUUUUUUCGUUUUUAAUUAUUUCCGCAUUGUCUUGUGUGCUAUGUUUUUUCUUUGUUCAUUACAAAUGGCACUCGUAACCACAGGGUACACAACUCCGUGUACUGAUUUCAAAAUAUUCAUUGUGUCUUAAAUAUUGUAUAUUAGGAUCCCACAUUUUCACGAUAAGAUAACGACAUCAAUAUUGAUUGAAAUGGACCGAUAAUGGAUAUUAUUAGGUUAGAGGUUUAGCUCUUUUCAAGACUGUGAUAAAUUAUGCUUUACAUUUUCAAUUUGUGAUUUUGUUAUCUGUCACUGUUUCUACUUCAAACAGACACAUUAUAUGAGUACUGAUAUGACGUGAACAUUGUGUGUGUUUAUGAAUUUCAACAGAAAAAAUAUUUUUGUUAAAAUGAUCUCCAACAUAAUGUUCAUUGUCUGUAUUUUGUGUUUUGCUCUUUCCACAUUUUGUAACGAUAUUGGACAAUUCCAUAUUUCAACCUUUGUAUGUCUGUUAUAAAUUAUAAACCGAUCAAUGUAUGAAUAUAUAUUAUUAUUGAUAUGAAGGAUUGUUUUAGUGUUAUAUGUAAAUAUUAAGUUUUCAGGUGGGGAUAUAAUUAUUUGGUCCAAAAUUAAAUAUGUCUAUAACA